AUGACAGCCCUACCGGGGAGUUCGCUCGAGGACUCAAGCACUACGCGACAUCACGAAUUUUUUUUGCCUGAAGAAACAGAUGAUAGAAAGCAGGUAUUCACCAGACGUGAGCCAGAUACAUCAUUUGGGCAUGAUGGAGUACUUUACCCUGGUGUGAUCCUCGAGGUUUGCUAUUCGCAGAAGAGCAAAAGUAUCUCUUAUCUGGCGGAUGAUUAUAUACUGAAUACAGAUGGAAGUAUAAACAUGGUUAUUGCCUUGGAUAUCGAUUAUCGGGGCUCUCAAAAAGCAAGUUUUACCGUCUGGCGACCGGACUACCUCAAAGCGAACGGUGUGAAGGAGCUUCGCGCAAAGGCUAUGAUCGAAGCAGAUGUCUUUCGAAAUGACGAUGGAUCCCCGGCCGAAGGGGUGGCCUUGCAAAUUCCUCUGCGAGAUUUCGCACCAAAGGAGCUGUCGCAAAGCUAUGGUGACAUGGACCAGGUUAUAAGCAUCUCGUCUCGACAACUUUGUGAUUUCCUCUCAAGUGCGGAAAGCAGGCAGCGGGUGCAGACCCAACAGGCAGGAGUUGUUAAUCGUAGUGAUCCUGGCACUUUGAAACGACGGCGACCCCGAACGCCAUCGGAGCAUCCAAGUUCCGAAGACGAAAGACAGUUCAAUCAAAGAAUCCGUGGCAAUAAGCGUAAUAGCCAAAGCAGUGAUUAUCGCCCGGGCUCCUCGUCUGGAGACUCGACGACACUGAAGAUGUAA